CGUCCUACUCCGCGACGAAAGGCGCGGGCUCUCCCUCUCUCAUUCACGAGAAGAAAUCAAAACCCUUCUCUUUCUCUCUGUUUUCCGCCAUUCACGCCCACAAAACAGAGCCCUAGAAACUCAAAAACUCCAUCCAAAUCCAAUCGGUUUAUGGAUAAUAUCUCAUAUCUUGUAAAAAAAUCUCAUCUUCUUCCUCUUUUGCUUCGAUUUUCGUCCCAGUUUCUGCCUGAUUUGCUUCUUUAAUCGAUCCAUUUCCGAUCCUUUCAUCGGGAGAAUGCGGAAUCAUUCGGAACUCGCUGCGUCGGCAUCUUUCUCAAUGAGGAAGCUUAAUCCCGAGGGAUCUUCUUCGAUGAAGAAGCCGAAUUUCGAGAUGCGCAGUGUCAGCAGUGCGGGAGAUCGGCGGGAAGCUGCUGUGGAGAGGAAGAAGUAUCCGAUCAGGGCGGAGGAAUAUAUGCUGCUGGAGGAGGUGGGCCAGGGCGUCAGUGCGUCUGUUUACCGUGCGCUUUGCGUCCCAUUCGAUGAGGUUGUCGCGAUCAAGAUCCUCGAUUUCGAGCGGAAUAACAGCGAUCUGAAUAAUAUUUCUCGUGAGGCACAAACUAUGAUCUUGGUUGACCAUCCUAAUGUUCUUAAGGCGCACUGUUCCUUUGUACAUGAGCGUAGUCUAUGGGUUGUCGUGCCCUUCAUGGCUGGAGGAUCUUGUCUUCAUAUAUUGAAGGCUGCUUAUCCUGAUGGUUUUGAGGAGGUAAUCAUUGCAACUGUCUUGCGGGAAGUGUUAAAGGGAUUAGAGUACCUUCACCAUCAUGGGCAUAUACAUCGAGAUGUCAAGGCUGGGAACAUCCUAGUUGAUUCUCGUGGUGCAGUUAAGCUUGGAGAUUUUGGUGUUUCUGCUUGCCUUUUUGAUUCUGGUGAUAGGCAACGCUCCAGAAAUACAUUUGUGGGGACACCUUGCUGGAUGGCGCCUGAGGUUAUGGAGCAAUUGCACGGUUAUGAUUUCAAGGCAGAUAUCUGGUCUUUUGGGAUUACUGCCUUGGAGCUUGCCCAUGGGCAUGCUCCUUUCUCAAAGUAUCCUCCAAUGAAGGUUCUGCUUAUGACCUUGCAAAAUGCACCCCCGGGCCUUGAUUAUGAAAGGGACAGGAAGUUCUCGAAGUCUUUCAAGCAAAUGAUUGCUAUGUGCUUGGUAAAAGACCCAUCAAAGCGGCCAUCUGCACAAAAGCUGUUAAAGCAUUCCUUUUUUAAGCAAGCUAGGUCCAAUGAUUACAUUGCUCGGAAAAUUUUAGAGGGGUUGCCUACUCUUGGUGAUCGCCUUAAAGCAUUGAAGAUCAAGGAAGAAGACAUGCUUGCACAGAAGAAAAUGCCAGAUGGGAAGAAGGAGGAGAUAUCCCAGAAUGAAUACAAACGAGGGAUCAGUGAUUGGAAUUUCAACAUUGAAGAUGUGAAGGCCCAAGCUUCACUGAUUCAAGAUGUUGAUGAAACUAUCCCAGAGAAAGAUCAAGGAGGUUGCACAAAAUCCUUAUUUCGAAUCGAUAGCAUGGUGGAAAGACAGUCGGAAUCUACACUAUCUGUGAGCAGCUCCUCCAAGGAUGAUGGGGUUGAAAAAGAAGAUGAGGAUGUGAUUCAAGAGAAGCUAUCUCGCUUUCCAUCAUUCUACUAUACUGGGAACAAUUUCAGUGGCAAAUUAGACGGAUCUGAAGAUGAGUCAAGUAUUGCUACCUCCACUUGUGAAACCAACAUCCUGCAGAAUGGCUUGCUCUCUCAUGGCAAGAGUAUUGAAAAUGAUUUGAGUGAAAAUUGUGAAGUGGGGAUGGGCGAAAAGCAUCUAGACAGCAUUGUCACUCAUUCUCACAAUGAGAAGAGACCUUCCAUUGGCUCUCAUGCACCGGAAACCCCCAUCAAAGGAGAGAGUGACAAACAAAAAAAUCAGCUACAGAAUGUGGGAAGCGGCAAUGGACUAGUGGUUUCUCAGGUGAUAGAUGAUUCAGGUUCUGAAGCUAUUUCUAAAGCAUCAAAGUUGGCAGCAUCAAAUUCUGAUGAACAUGAUGAGAAAACAAAGAUUCCUGUUGUCCAGCAGAAAGGGCGUUUCAAAGUGACAUCUGAGAGUGUUGAAUUAGAGAAGGCACUUCCUUCUCCGUCGAUACCAAAGAGUCACAGUGUGCAGGUGAUUACUCAACUUCCUCAAAUGUUUCCAACGUCACCGUCUGAUGCUCCACCAUCAAAUCUUCUUGGAUGUUCCCUUUUCCCGCAAUUGCAUUCUAUUUUGCAAGCUAAUAUUCUUCAAAGGGAGAACAUUCUAAAUCUGAUGAAGCAAGUGAGCGUUGGUGAUAUAUCAGCUAAUCGAACAGCAGAUGGAGUGUCCACGCCAGUGUCCACCAUUGCAGUGGGGUCCAUGCCAGUGUCCACCAUUGCAGCGGAGAGGUCUUUGCUGGAGUCUGCACAUGAUAGGGAGAAGGAGCUACUGCAGGACAUUACUGACCUGCAGUGGAGGCUCGUGUGUGCCCAAGAGGAACUGCAGAGACUCAAAGCUAGAAAUUCUCAGGUUUGAUGAAACUCAGAGAGUUCCACCUGGUCUUUAGCUACAACUCUGCCACGACUCCCCAGAACAAGAUGAAAGGCAUGGAAAUGCAGCAUCGUCAGUCCAUCUAAGAUCAACUUCAAGUCUUUCAUGGGCUAGUUACUGAUAGGUCUCCUUGUAUCAUGUUGGAAGGCAUGAGUUUCUUAAGUGCACGACCGACCUGUUUAGACGGUCUGAAAUCGUGGCGAUGAGGGCCCUGAUUUCUGCACCAACUUGUGCAGAGGUAAAAAUGAAUGUUCAUAUAAACAUUCUUCUAUUGCUUGUUUUGUUGAUAUAUGGUUGGCUACUAUGUAUAUAUUGGAUGCAGAUA